UUAUAUAAACAAUACAGGUUCAACAAUCAAAACAAUUUACUGAAAUGUGAUUACAAUGGUAGUACAGAAUAUAAUACCAAUAGCAGUGAAUUGAACUAAAAGCAUAAUCUUUACAUAACCGCUGGACUUUAUAUAAUGUGAAACGAGAGAGACAUGCGCUUGUCCUUUUAAUAUCUCACCUGAAGUAGAACACCAUGUUCAGUUACUAUACAUUGCUCUAAAAGAUUCUACAAUGCACUUAACACUAAAAACAUCAAAAUAAAUGAACGUCCACACCAGUGCUUAAGUUAACUAGUUUCCCAUAUGACGUCACAGCUUUUUGGAAAUCCCCGAGCAGACGUCAAAAUGUCAAGCUCAAGCGAGAUGGCGAUCGCAGAAAAGAAGGCGAGAACAGUCAACUGGACUCGGAACGAGAUGGAUUGUUUAGUUGAUGAGGUGGAGAAGCAUAAGUCUAUUCUAUUUAGCUCAUUUUCAUCCGUUGUUACCAACAGCAAGAAGCAACAGAUUUGGAAGGACAUAUCAAACAGGAGUGACACAAGGAGGAAAGCCACUAGCCUAAAGAAGGCUAUAUUCCAGACAGGCGGAGGGCCCUCACCAUCUCCACUGAGUGACUUUGAGUAUAAGGUGGUGUCGCUCAUUCCAUCCGCACAAAUCAAUGGUUGCACAGGGGGGCUGGAUAGUGAAGACUUGUCAGCCUUCUCAGGAUUGGGCAGUGUGUUGUUUGAUGCAGCUGUUCCCUCGACUUCAACUAGCAGCAACAAUUUGAAUGUCGACUCUGCCCGGACAUCACCUAUCCUCCUUUCGCCCUGCACUCCACCUCGACAAGCAGCACCACCAACACCGCAUGAUCCACCAGCAUCAUUCCAAUUGUCACCAGACAUAGUUUCUAGACCUGGGAGUAAGAAACAAAAGACAAAAGUUCAUACACAUGAAGACAGUGCAGCCCAGGCAGCUGAAGUGGUCCAGCUUGAGAGGGAGAAGGUGGCCAUCUUGCGGGAACGCUUGCAGAUUGACAGAGAGCACCUGCAAGUUGAAAAAGAAAUACUCAAUGAAUUGCGGCUGAUGAGAAAACAGGCUGAUCAGACUGUAACUCCCAUAUGCAUCUCACCGAUCAUCACAUUUGACUCCUGAAUGUAUAUACAAUACUUUGCUAUUAAGAAAUUCUAACAAUGAAGUGAAAUUAAUCCAUAUUGUCAUAUGUUGGGGAUGUGAGUAGUUCAAGCUUGUUCGAGUUGUCCUGCUAAAUUAUCAAGUACCAUUGGUUGUUAAUAAUUUGUAUGAAAUCAUUUGUUGUUACAGAAACAUAUGUACUUUAACUGCAGGCUAGGACUUUAGGAGCUUUCUGAGCCUUACAAAUUACAUUAAUACACUAAGAAAGAGUAAUCCCAAAUACAACAUAUGUUACAUUACAAAUAUCAUUACCAAAAUUUCAUGUCUUUUUAAAACUUAGAAAGAGAAAUGUACAUGAUAACAAUAAUAGUUUAGUUUAUGUCAUUAUUGUCAUGAAGGCAAUGUCAAGGAUGAGUGUCAUGAACUUUUCAUUUGUAAAAGUUUUAAUUUUCUUAGAAACAGAUACCUCUCUAUGUUCACAACUUUGUACAAAGAUGAUCAACUAAUGGAAAACUGAUUAAACUCCAGAAAUAUCAAUCUAAUAUUAUUUUUGCACAUAGAAGUUCAUUUAUGUAUGUAUAUAUAUUUCUAUUUUAACUAUACUGUACAGUGUAAAACAUCUACAAGUGUACUGUAAUAGGUCAUAUCGGCUAAAAUACUGAAUAAAACUUCCAUGUGUCUGCUGAUAUAAUGCUUUUGUGAAAAUGAAUCUAUUUAUUGUACCACCACUUGCAUAGGAGUUGAUAUACAUGUCCCUAACACUGUUUUUCACUCAAUCCGUCCCAUUGUUUAUGCCAUGCAUAUCUCAAACAUCAACUGUUAUUUUACUGAAUAUUUUACUGAAACAUUCCAUAGAUGGUUCAGUGGUGUUUUUGAUGAAAUUUAUCACCUAAGACCUAUUUUCCUUAUCUGCAGAAUAAUGUUAUGAUUGAUUACUAGAUUUAAGUUUACCUUGCUCCAAUGAUUCAGGAUAUUGGCAAUUGACAAACUUGCAAUGUAUGUGAGGUAAAAAUGUAUUUUGAUUAUUCAUAUGGUGAACUCGUUAUGGCAUUGAAUUCUCUUAUCAUAUUCUGAAAUAUAUCCUUGAAAUUAAUUAUUAAGAAGAUUGAAAAAUGUAUAUAUUUUGACAUUUUAAUGAUACUAAAUUUACUUAAGAAAUAAUUUUUUGGGAUGAAAUUGGUUAUGAAAUUUACACAUUCAUUUGAUGUACAUAUGAAGUUGAAAUUUGAAAAAAUGAACCAAUUUAAUGAUGCUUUGCAAUGUUCCUAUUUACAAAUACAACAAGUCCUUAUCAAAAUACCAGUGUACAUUCAUAACAUAAGAUGUAUGUACUUAGUGUAUUUUCCAUUGUUAAAUGUAUUAAA